AUGUCGGCUGGCCGGGCAUUGCUGGGGAAGACCCCAACCGUAUGCCGACUCUGUUCUCGCCGCCAGGUCCCCAACGCAUUGAGACGAAGCUACAGCACACGGCCUCAAGAAAUCUACGAUGUGGUUUGCGUUGGCGGUGGCCCUGCAGGGCUCAGUCUCUUGACGGCCCUCCGCUCUAACCCAAUCACAUCCGGUCUCCGAGUCGCCCUCAUUGAGGCCCAAGACCUUGCGAAGACGGCCGCCUUCUCUCUGCCGCCGACCCAAUUCUCCAACCGCUGCAGCUCCCUCACACCGGCCUCGGCUCAGUUUCUCAAUUCCAUAGGCGCAUGGUCGCACAUGCAACGGAGCCGUAUCCAGGAAUACCAGGAAAUGCAGGUAUGGGAUGGUGUUACGGGUGCACGUAUCGAAUUCGACUGGCAGGGGGGUUCUGCAUCCAAGAACAUCGCUUAUAUGAUUGAGAACUUGAAUCUCACAUCUGGUCUCCUCAAGAGGCUCAAGGAGCUCGGUGGGGUUGACACAUUCGAUAACUCCAAGGUUGAAAGCAUCGAUCAUGGCAAGGAGACGGAGGACGUGGACCUGAGCGAAUGGCCCGUCGUCCAGCUCUCUGGCGGCCAAUCCCUCGCUGCGCGUCUGCUAGUGGGCGCCGAUGGUGUGAACAGCCCUGUCCGGACCUUUGCUGGCAUCAAGACAACGGGCUGGGACUACGAGAGACACGGUGUCGUGGCCACGCUCCAGCUCGAGGGCGAUGGCUGGGGGGGCGAGUACACCAAGAUUGCCUACCAGCGCUUCCUCCCCACCGGACCUGUGGCGAUGCUUCCCCUCCCUGGCAACUACGCAUCAAUGGUCUGGUCAACCACCCCGGAGAAGGCUGCCAUACUAAAGAAGCUGCCCGCCAAGGACUUCCUCGCCAUGGUCAACGCCGCAUUCCGGCUCAGCCCAACCGACCUCGCCUACCUGCACAGCCUGGAAGAGGGGCAGGCCGACGAGUUCUCCUGGAGAAUGCAGCACGUGUCCACCAACCCGGAGACGCUCCCCCAGACCGUCGUCGGCGUCCAGGAGGGCACGGUGGCAUCCUUCCCCCUGAGGCUGCGCCACGCCGAUACCUACACGGUAGACCGCAUCGCCCUGGUCGGCGAUGCCGCCCACGCCGUGCACCCACUGGCCGGCCAGGGCCUCAACCAAGGCCAGGGCGACGUGCAGAGCCUCGCCAACGCCAUCGCCUACGCCGUUUCACACGGGCAGGACCUCGGCGCUCAGAUGUGGCUCGAGUCGUACAACUCUGACCGCUACGCCGCCAACCACGUGCUCAUGGGAGUCUGUGACAAGCUGCACAAAAUCUACGGGACUGACAGCGGCCCCAUCGUGCCGUUGAGAUCUCUCGGUUUGAGGGCCGUGAAUGCCCUCGGACCUCUGAAGAACUUCUUCAUGGAGCAAGCUUCGGGCAACGGCGCAAAACUUCUCUAA